ACUUCUUCGUGUAUAUAUAUGCAGCGGUCGAUAUCAAAAGGUUUCAGACUUCAGAGACCGGUCGCCGGCGAAUUCCUGUUCUUUCCUCGUCAUUCUUUCGUCUUUGGCGGUUCGCAGUAUUCUUUGAGGAAGCUCUUUCAAGCGACUAAACAACAGCAAUCAUGCCUCAGCUCCAGAAACCGGCGCCCGCUUUCACCGGCACUGCUGUUGUGAACGGACAAUUUAAGAAUAUCAAACUCUCCGACUACAAGGGCAAAUAUGUUGUGCUUUUCUUCUACCCAUUGGACUUCACUUUCGUGUGCCCGACGGAAAUCGUCGCUUUCUCCGAUCGAGCGAAGGAGUUCGCCGACAUCGGCUGCCAAGUGAUUGCUGCCUCUACCGAUUCCCACUUCAGCCAUCUCGCGUGGGUAAAUACACCGCGCAAACAGGGUGGUCUCGGUGAGAUGAACAUUCCUUUGUUGGCGGACAAGAGCUGCAAAAUCGCCCGUGACUAUGGCGUCCUCGAUGAGGAGUCAGGAGUUCCCUUCCGUGGACUUUUCAUCAUCGACGACAAGCAGACUUUGCGCCAGAUCACCAUCAACGACUUACCCGUAGGAAGAUCCGUGGACGAAACUCUGCGUCUGGUUCAAGCAUUCCAAUAUACCGACAAGCACGGCGAGGUUUGUCCAGCCGGCUGGAAACCUGGCAAGAAGGCUAUGAAACCCGAUGUCGUUGGCUCGCUGGAGUACUUCAAGGAUCAAUAGACAAUAAAAAUCGUACAAUGUUUCUUCGUAUUUACUGUUAAUUACACUUGUGUGUACGUGUGUUUUCUACUCUUUCGCUGCUGUUCAAGUUAAACACAUUCACUUCUGUUUCUAUUUAGAAUAAUCAGAUAUACAUCUCGCGACAUUCACAUUGAAACAUCCGUCUUUAAUUUAAUAAACGGAUUUAUUUUCUAUAUGUUCUUAGAGAGUAUUUAUUUUAUCAUUCCACGUAGUAUAUGAAUUACGAAUCAUUUCAUAUCAAUAUUACGUGCCAGACGAGCGAUACAGAUUACUUGUGAUAACGA